AUACUCAUUCCAUAGUGACCUAAAUUAAGCGCGUAGGUUUGAACGUAGAACAUCUCCCGAACGUUGUUGGAUUGAAUAACGUUCACAGCAAGCGCUUAUAGGAUCAACAACGGUAUUACGGUGCGAGUUUUCUAAAGAAAUAUGGAGUUCGUAAGUGGGGGUCUAACAUUGGUUAAGACAUUAAGAUUUGCUGAUGUGGAUGCUGGAGAGUUGUUCUACCGCAUAUAAAAUCGUGCUUUAUUAAAAAAACUCAUAUAUCGUGUAAUAAAUAAGAUCGAUCAUACCAAAAUCUUUCAAUAUUUUCUUUUCAAUAUUAAAAACAAUGCGAGAACUUAUAGUUUUUCAAAUUUUAUUCGUUCUAACUAUUUCGGCCACUGCAAUUCCAAAACCAGAAGAUGAGCCCAAACAACGUAUAUUGAAUAAGGAUUUAAGUGAUCAAGAGCAUUACAUUAACUCUCAGCAUAAUCCAAGUUAUGAUCAUGAGGCUUUUCUCGGAGAAGAUGCCAAAACAUUUGAUCAAUUAAGUCCAGAGGAAAGUACAAGAAGACUAGGGAUAAUUGUUGAUAAAAUAGAUAAAGACAAAGAUGGAUUUGUUACAAAGGAAGAACUUAAAGAUUGGAUAUUAUAUACUCAGCGGCGAUAUAUUCAAGAUGAUAUUAAUCGUCAAUGGACAUCUUAUAAUUUAGAAGAAAAAGAUAAUCUUCCAUGGACAGAUUAUAAAAUCAAACUUUAUGGACAUAUUAAUGAGCAUGAAAGUAAUGAUCAUGAUAAAUUAGAAGAAGAAACAUUUCCUUAUGAAGCAAUGCUUAAAAGAGAUCGCAGACGUUGGCAAGCAGCUGAUCUUGAUAAUGACAAUGCACUUACUAAAGAAGAAUUUGCUGCAUUCCUACAUGCAGAAGAAGCAAAUCAUAUGAAAGAUAUUGUAGUGUUAGAAACUAUGGAGGAUAUUGAUAAAGAUGGAGAUGGAAAAAUAUCAAUAGCUGAAUAUAUUGGAGACAUGUAUAGAGGUACAGAGGAGGAAGAAGAGCCUGAAUGGGUCAAAAAUGAGAAAGAACAAUUUUCAUCUUACAGAGAUAAAGAUCAUAAUGGUUAUAUGGAUUUUGAAGAGGUAAGAAAUUGGAUUAUUCCUGCUGAUUUUGAUCAUGCAGAAGCAGAAGCCCGACAUUUAAUUUAUGAAGCUGAUACAGAUGCCGAUCAAAAACUUACAAAAGAUGAAAUAUUAGAAAAAUAUGAUAUUUUUGUUGGUUCUCAAGCAACUGAUUUUGGAGAAGCAUUAACUAGACAUGAUGAAUUUUAAUGAGAUUUUUGUAAUAAAAUUUUUACCAAAAAUUAUAUAUUAUACGCUUUCA